UCCCACUUCCCAUCGUUCCACCUUCAUUGAAAAAGUUUGCCAGUGAAUUUAUUAAGAAAAAAAUAGUUAUUUUGAGCUUGUACGCUUAAAACCCAGAAAAAAAACAAUAUUAUUUGGUUGACGGAUGACAGUUAAAUUGUGACUUGUGUUUUAAAUCAGUUUCAACAUCAAAUACACAUGAAUACUGAGGAAGAUGACAAUUCUAGAGAAUGAUGUGAUUCCUACCCGCAACAAAUUAUCUCUGUCUAAAGCUAAGUAUAAAACUGGUGAACAAAUCAAAAGGAAGUACAUUUUUGAAGAAGAUUCUAUUCCCGCAAAGAAACCAGCCCUGAACGAGAUGUUGAACGGUUAUAGAGGUGACCAGAGGAGCAAUGGGGAAGCCUCCCAUGACGCUCCUGUAGCUACCUUAUCCAACAUGGGAAACACUUGUUUCCUUAAUAGUGUUUUAUAUACCCUGCGAUUCGCACCUACAUUCUUACAUAAUUUACACCAUCUAAUUGGCGAUCUUGCUGUAGUCAGUUCAAAGUUGAAUCAGAAUAAAGCAAAAACGUCAUCUUUAGGUCGAAAUAUUGGUUCCAUUACAGGGCCCAGUUCUCGUAGUACUAGUAGCAAAGACUUAUUAUCUUUGGGAAGUUCGAAUGACAUUAUUCCUAAAUCUAAAGUGCAAGUAGUUACUGAGAAGUUACAUGAGUUAUUUAUGACUAUGCAUAACCUUGAAAUUAAAGAGUCAAAUGAUCCUUAUCAACCUGUAGCACUAUUACAGGCAGUAAGAGAAGCCAAUUCCAUUUUUGAAGGGAAUAAUCAACAGGACGCUCAUGAACUCCUUGUAUAUUUGCUUGAUAACAUUCGAGAAACAUGUGAUGUUUUAACCCAACAAGUUCAGCAGAAUCCAGAACUUCUCCAUGAGACCGAAACUCUACCUACCGUCAACAGUAAUAAAAUUUGGAGUGUUAGGAAUUCAUGGAAAAAGAGCCUCAAAAAGAAGGACAAAGCUACAAAAGAAGCAAUAUCAGAAGAACAAGUAAAUGGUGCCCAUACAGCUGACGGAGAAGAUUCCACUUCCAUAGACAGUUCCAAUGGUUCCCUAAUCAAGCGAAAACUAGGUUACAAUUUCGUAGCGGAAGACUUCGAAGGUAUAACACUCAGGCGCACCAAAUGCCUCGAAUGCGAAAGUGUCACAGAACGUAAAGAACCCUUCUAUGAUAUACCAGUACCCAUUUCACCCAUUUCUCAAAAAGAUAAUGAGGAGGACAACGUGAGUGAUAUUUUUCGAAGAGCGUGCGUUACCACUGAGAAACUUUGCGACUCUAAUAAGUAUCUGUGUGAAAAGUGCGAACGAUACAAUGAAGCUAGUAGGGAAGUACUAUUCGAGAAGCUACCUAAUAUUAUGGUAUUACAGUUAAAGAGGUUUACUACUACAACAUCUGGAGUUCAGAAGGUUAAUACGUACCUGCCUACACCAUUGGCAUUAGAGUGUUUUUGUGAAAGCUGUUGUAAGGUAGAAGACAACCAAUCCCGAAUCCACAGAUACAAACUCUGUUGUGUCAUAAUGCAUCUAGGUGGUACUAUGGCUUCGGGGCAUUACAUCGCCUACGUCAAAGCAUCGGAUCAUCUUGAGGAUUACACAGACUGUUCGCGAGACCUGCCUAAGGGCAGUCUCUCUGCUAGCAGCAGCGAAAAAUCAUUAAAUAUUUUAAAGUUCCUCAAACCCCGGUCGUUUGGAAACUCCCUCAUAGAUGGAAGGAAUGGACUAUCAUCGAGAAGUGUCAAUGGUAUAAGGAUGUGUAAAAGUGUCGAUUGUUGUGGUGUCAAAAUCAACAAGAACGUAGUGGAGAAUGUUAUUAAUAGUUUUCCGAGGAAAAACGCCCAAGAUUACAAAUGGCAUCAAAGUAAUCCUUCCUCGGAAGAUAUGUGGUUGGAGUGCGAUGAUGAAAACGUCAGGGCAAUUACCACCCAAGAGUUUGUAGAAGAACUGGCGAAUAAGCCUAACUCCACUUCUACUCCCUACUUGUUGUUUUAUGCCAAAAUCACAGACCAAGAUAGGUGUGUCCCCCUUGGACUCCCAAUGGCUGAACUUCAGAGGACAAAUAUUUUUACAAAACUGGAUCAAUGGCUAUAAUAUAUCAUUCAUUUAUGUGUAUUUUUUACAAUUAUAGAAAAUUGUUCUGUAUAACCAUUGUAUUUAGAUAUCCAAGUAGAACAACCUUAUAGACGUUUCAUUGGAGGUAAUCCUGUCGCGUCAUCUGUUAGAACAAGUACAGAACUUCAUCGAAAUGGCCCGUGCGCUAGCGCUCCCUCGAUCAUUCAGUAUAGAAUUCUAUAUACAUAAAUUUUUCAUUAUAUUUAAAUUUUUCUGGAUAGAUUACCAAAUUUAAAUUCUCUAACAUUAUAAAUCGUAAAUAAAUGUACAUCAAAAACAAUAAAUCUCGUUUUUAAAACAAAUAUUCGGUUCAUAACUCAUCUAUAGGUUGAUUUUUGUAAAUAGAGAAAUUAUGUUUAUAAUUUGGUGUUUUUUAUAAAAGUAAAAAGUUUUGUGUUAUUGCAUUAUUGCCACGUACAAGACCAAAGGUAGCAAAUAUGUUAUCCAUUAUUUUUAAAAAGAAGACAAUGUGUUCUCCCUGUUUUUCCAUUUUUAUCACAAACUAUUUGCCUGGAAGUUAUUCACUCUGUUUAAUUUAACCUGUAUAGUUUGAUAAAAUAAUAUAUGGGAAGCUGUCAUUUUUGUAUUUAAUUCUGAUUUGUCGAUUUUUAUUCCUGAAAGUAAGUACCCACAGUUUAUAGAUACCUUUAAAUAGGUGUAUACAUAUUUAUAGGUAUCUAUUAUACCUCAGGAAAAACAGAAGUUGAUUAAUUUGGAAAGUUUUUAAUGUUGGAGAUCAUAAUUGAGCCUAUGGCUUUUAAAACUAUCAAUAAUUUUGGAGGAACUGCUUUUGACUGGCUGAUAAGAUAUUAGUUUUUUAUUCGAACUAUACCUUACCUUAGACCAUAUUUUAAUCUAGGAGUAAUCGGAGCGAGUUAAUUUUUUGUCAGAUAUUGAAUAAAUGGGGGAAUGUGGUAUCAUUUUGUUUAAAACUAAUUUUUUUAAACAAUUCUUAAAAAACAGACCUUAUUGAUGAAAAUGUUCAUACUUAAAAUACAUUAUAAAGAAUUGAAAAAAAAAAUUGUUAAAUAUAAUAUUUUUUUAGAUUUAUAAGGCGUUAAAAUUCGCCAAAAUCGUGAUUUUUUUAUACAUUAAAAAAUGCAUACCUUCUAAAAUAUUAACUUAAUCAAAAAAUGUAUAGGACCUUAUUUUAUUUUUAGUAUUAAAGUAAAAAAUAUGAAAAAUUUGCCCCGUUUUAAAACAGGAAUUGUUUAAAUAAUUUUAAAUGUUAAGCAAAAUAGACCAAAUUGGCAUGGCAUAUUUUUAAAAGAUUCUGACAAAAAAAUGCACUUAGUUGAAUGCGUCCUUGAAUAAAAAUCGAAGUUCACAGGAAUUUAGAGAUGCAUCUUAACAAAUUCGCAAAUGUACCUUACAUUUACUGAUGUGUUACUGUCUAUCUCUAAAUUCCGAUGCAACGUUAUUAGAUUUUUGUUUGAGGACGCACUCUGCCCAUACCGACUUAGUCCUUUCUAAGUCAAAUGAUCAAGGUUCCAUAAAUGUCGAUAGCCACCCAUUUGAAACUAUCGUCAUUGCAAUUUUCGUUUCUAGGUUAUCUUUUGAAUACUUCAAUUGAAUAGGUAAUCGGUGUUGGCCCAUCAUUUAUAUUUUUGUAAUAUUCACGUAAAGACCUUAAUCGCCGCCUCAGAGCAACAGUAUAGGACAGGCCUGCCUAGAUUUUCAAAGGGCCAGAUUUGAACAACCGUAACCCGUAACUGUACGAGGGCCUGAGCCUACAAUAGUCGGUUAAAAAAAAAGGUCGUCAGCCUAAAUGCAAGUUUGUUACUGAAAAAUGUAUAAUUUGACGUAAGCGGGCCAAACUGGUCAACGGCCAGCGGGCCGCCAAAACGACACUGCACCCCUGGUGUAGGACAUCAAUAAAAUCUCAAUUCUGAUAUAAUUCGAUUUAAAACUUUCAUGCGUAUUUCAAUCUCGAAUAACUCUGGCUCUAGUGAACGCAUCUCAAUGAAAUUUUGGACACUUUCUGAACUUUCAAAUGAUUUUAAUUUAAAAUCAAUAAAUGUCGUUGUUGCUAUUAAACUGCAUGACAUUUUGUAGGAUAUCAAAGUAAAUAUAACAGCUUAGUGUUUGCCUACAAGAAUGAAUACUUUGCAAGGACAUCAUACUGCAGAAAAGACUUGUUUCACACUUUUCAGAGAUUAAAUUCAAAUACAAAAAAAAAACAAAUAGUGAAUAAUGCUUUAUUGAACUAAAAAUAGAUGCCUAUAGAAUACGUGAAUGAAAUUCACACAAGCUGAGAAAAUCAUUCCUCUUGUUAUUUGGUAUAGGCGGUGGGUUCAUUCUAGGCUGAAAUUAAUGUAACUUCCCUGCGUUGCUUCCACGUUUUUCUUAUGUCUCCUGAGUAAGAUGUAUAGAAUAUUUUGUUCAGAUUUUCUUUCUUCAUCCUUACAACUUUAACUUCAUUCCAGGAAACUUUUAUUCCAUUUUCAUCAAUGUAAUAGGCAGGUAAUAUAGAUUUAGCAUUGUGUUUUUGUCUAACCUGAAGAUGUAUUCUGGUCCCGAGUUGGUUUUAUGUUUCUGUUCUAUUCUAAUUUCUUUGUCGUUUCCUGCUUCUGAUGCGUCCUUAAUCAUUUUAAAAUUGUUCGUCAUUCUCAUCAACUUCGAUUUAGUCUGGAUUUUCUCCCAUUUUUUUUGUUUUUCUUGAUAUUGCCGUUUUCUAAUUUGUUGUCUUUGUUCUCAUCGUUUUCAUCGCAGUCGGGGACGAAAUAUGGAUCUCUCAAACUAUCGUCAUGAGAAAAAUCAGUUGCACUAUGUUCAUCAGAAUGCUGUGGGUCCUCGAGUUCUACAGAUUUUGUUCUUCCGUUGCUUCUUUGUAUUAUUACCAUCUGUUUUAGUUAUAUAAGCUGAACAUGAUCUUCACUAAUAUAAUUUGCUGAUGUAGGGCCGUUUUCAUUUAGCCAAGUAACUUUCACAACAGUUGUUACUGGACCAUCGAGAAAUGGCAGUUCAUCAUCAGGUAUGCUGAAAUUUUCAAUAUCGAGCCAUUGUUCAACACUCUUGCUUUUUUCUGGUUCCAGAUCAGCUGUAUUGGACAUUGAUUCACCAGUAUCUAAAGAAUAAAUGAGACCUUUCUAAUCUACUAUCGUUUAUAAUAGUUUGAUAGUCACAACAUUUACUUAUAAAAAUUGCUGAAUGAAUCAGAACUCAUUUUCGAAAGUAAUAUAGAGCAUUGCCUGUAGAUAACAGAUUCUGUUUGAGAAUUAUUGAAAAAAUAAAACAGUUGAUACACAUUUACCUGUACAUUCUUCAGACGCUUGACAUAUUUUUUUAUCAUACCAACUAUGUACUGGUCCAUUGAUAAUGAUUUAUUUUUCCGAUUCAUAUUUAUAAAUUCACUUGCCACACAAAUACUAAAUUAAUCUAGAGACGUUAUUAUCAGUUGAAUCGUUUCCAGAAUACUAAACAAGCUGAGACAUGUGUAAGUGACGAGUUAGGACGACAGAGCAACAUAAGGAUAGUUAAUGUAUUGGCGUGAGAAUUUCAGUGCUACAGCAGGAUAUAUUAUCACACCCUACUUUUACACUAAUUGAACAUAGAUUUAUAAACUUCUGCAACACAAAGUUAUGUUAAAAAUAAAAUGUAUCAUGACGCCCUAGGUGCAGAGACAUUUUCUAAAGCUAAAACCUCAAUAAUUCCGAAAGCACUAUUUUGUGGAUGUCCUACUGUUCUCUGAGGCGACGAUAUUCUAAGCAAGCUUGCUGUCUAACAUAAUUUUACUCAGAUCCUACAUUUCUUCAUCCAUCGGUUCAAUAUCAUCGGCAACAGCAGAUUUUAAACUGCUGAUGGUUGUUAAUACGUCUCAACCAAUUGCGUAUUUCUGGACCUGAGUAUUAAAAGGGCAAAUUCCAUUUUUGCUGAUUGCCAUCAUCAAAAUGCUCAGGUUGAAUACCAUGUAUGCAAAAAGGCUCCUGGAGUUACUGGUAAUGAUUUUCUAAUCUUAAAGUAGGGGUUAUCUCCAAAUUAGUUUAAAGCUAAAACGGCCGAAGUGCACACAUAAUUAUGCAGUUUCUUCUACUUGUUAUUUACAAAUGGCCAAUAUCCUUAAAGCGUUGAGAUUGGCGCACUAAAUGCGACUGUCUUAAGUUAGGUCUAAAAUAUAUAAUGCAUCAAGUAUAUGUAUUAAAUUCACCCGAAGAAAAAUACUAAUGAAAACAAAUAAAUCAAUUUAUUUUUAAUUAAUUUGUCACUUUUAACAAUUUCUCAAAACAGUGAAAAUGGAGAUUGGUCUUUUUAAUACUCAGAUCCAGAUUUAUCAGAAUUAAUAAUUGUAAAUCUAUUGACAGAAGCCACAUGCUUUUGGUUAAGUAGCAACACGUUUCAUCCCGCUUUCAAGACAUGUCUAACAGUUGAACACAGAAUGUUCCAUUUUCUCCUGUCUCUUACUCUAGUUCUCUCCAAUUUUUAAUAUACACAUUUCUUUAUCAGAUAUUUUUUCAUGCUUUUAUCAGCGUUCUUUUUCCGUCAGGCAACGUUAUUUACGUUUUUCCUCCAACGUCUCAACCAUUACAGUUUUUUCUUUAUGUAAAUUCGUAGAAAGGGCAAAUAAUUCAUAGUACAUUCUACUUUCCAAAUAUAUUUUCCUUUCCCAGAUUUCUACUUAUUUUUGGUUCAUGACUCACGUCAUAUGUUUGUUACUAUUGUGUCUAAUACAGAUUUCUACAUUCUUAAUUUUGUAUGUUUUACCUUUGACCUUAUAUUUUUUUAAGUUAUACUAGGGGUGAGCGGAAGGAAGAUCGAAAGUCGAAAGUGACAAAAGAUCGAAAUUGAAAAUGAACGAAAAUAGAACAAAUGAUCGAAAUUACAUAAGAUCGAAAUUAAAAAUGAUCGAAAUAACGAAUGAUCGAAAUAAGGAAUGAUCGAAAGUACUAAUGAUUGAAAUGAUAUAUAAUCGAAAUGGUAUAUUAUGAUCUAAAGUCUUUAAUUACGAAUUGAAGAUAUAUAUGGAAAAUGGAUGCAUUAUUUCUCAUUUUUGUUUGGUUUCAAAUAUGAAUUUAACAUUUUCUUCUGAGUUUGUUUUUUCAUCUGUUUCUUUCAUAAAAAUUUGGCUCACUAUACCUUCAUACCAAGCCCCCGUAUCAUCCAGUAAUACAUCAACUAAAUCUCCUAUCUUAUAAUAUUUGCUAUUAACAUCAAUUAAAACGUGUUCGUUUUCUUCUUCUGGUUCUUCCUUUAUAUCAACAAUUUCUUCUUUGUUUGAUUCGUUUGAUUUGUUGUUACAAUUAUUUGAAUGGUGCCACCUUCUAUUAUUUUGUAAUCUAAUAAUGCAACAUUGCCUUGAAGUUCUUUACCAAAAUAUAAUAAUCUUUGUUGUGAUUCUGGGAUUUCCAGUCGUUUGUCAAUCUCGUUUUUCAAUUCGCUAACCAGAGCCUUUUUAGAAAUUUCAAUAACAGCUCCUCGAGUUCCAUCUAGAGGUUUAAUAUUGAUUCUCAUUUUGUAUAGCUAUUUUGUACUCUUUCACCCUUUGUCUUUUGUAACUACGUUAAACACAUCGACGGCACAGACAGUACAUAUAUUACUUGGUCACUUUUGUUACAAUGAACAAUAUUAGAUAAUAAGAACAGUUUGAUUUAAACCAAAAACCGUUAAAAACUUUAGAAAUAACAAACGACUUUCACCAGAUAUAAAAACACGUAAACUGCCAACAAAAUAAACGGUGGUAAAUGAUUUUUUUGCUUCUUGCUUGCCCUUUAGUAGACGUCAGAAACUUGUAUACUCAUCUACAGCUGUACACUCGGCUUCCAAACUUUCAUUUGAGGCCUCUGUUUCCAACAUUUUAUUAAAUAUGUUUCGAUCCAGACCUCGAAUUUCUUCAUAAUUUUCUUCCAAUGUUUUAAAUGAAGCUCUUACCUCUAUUUUAUUCACAUCGAUGGUAUCGAUUGAUAGAGAUAUUGUAUUAUAUAGCCUAGUGAAUGCACCUCGCUGGAUUGCCCUUACUCUCUUCGCCCUUUCCAUUAUAAAGCUUGGAAUGUUUCACAAUAUUAAAAAGAAUAUGUCCUGUCACGGUCGCCAAAUGUGAAAUACCAGUCCAAAGAAUUAGGUUUAUCGUAGAGCAAAACUUUAUUAAAAAUUCUUACAAUUCAAAAAAUGUGACAUUCAUGUAUAUAAUUCAAUUCACCAUCAAUCAAUCAAUUUUUUUAAACAAAACUAUCAAACAAUCAAAACAACAUACUACUUAGAUACUAUAAUAUCAUGGACAGGAUGUUACACACUCCCACCUUGCUAUUUUAACUAUUCUAAAAAAUUGCAACUUGAGAUACAAAACGGUUAGAUUGGCCUUUAGCUCGUAUAAUACAAGUGUAUCCGGGUAAAGAUAAUAAUAUUAGGUUAGUUCGAUUACGCACAAAUUCCGGAGAGUUAUUGAGACCCGUACAAAGAAUUUUUCCAUUAGAACUAAAGACUGAUAAUAAGGAUGUCGAUCCUACGACUAACAGCAAAUGCAAAAAUGAUAGCGUAGACAAAGGUGUAACAAAAGUGAUAAAAACUCGUAGUGGUAUAAUAGUCGUAGCACCGAAAUCCUUAAAUCUAAAUACCUAACAAUUUUGUAUCUCAAGUUGCAAUUUUUUAGAAUAGUUAAAAUUGCAAGGUGGGAAUGUGUAACAUCCUGUCCAUGAUAUUAUAGUAUCUAAGUAGUAUGUUGUUUUGAUUUUUUGAUAGUUUUGUUUAAAAAAAUAGAUUGAUUGAUGGUCAAUUGAAUUAUAUACAUGAAUGUCACAUUUUUUGAAUUGUAAGAAUUUUUAAUAAAGUUUUGCUCUACGAUAAACCUAAUUCUUUGGACUGGUAUUUCACAAAAAUAAUGUAUAAUUCCUUUUGCUUCUUUUGGAAUGAGAUUACUUUUUCGUAAAAUAUCAUAACGUUUAAGGACAUAGUUUACUGGUACGAAGGCUAUAACCGUCAUCAUUUUAACAGAAAUUUGAAAUUCCGCAUCUUUGUCGUAUUUAACUUUCAGACCAAUUGAUUGAAUCUUUCGAUAGCUUGUCUGAAAUGAAAAUAGCAGCCAUGUCGCGUUGCUUUCGGAAAAAUUAGUGCACAUGUUUCGAUAACAGCCAUCUCAAAGUUAGUAAUAAUAAAGCCAACUUUAGGUUCUUUUAAGAAUUCUCGUAUUUUUUCUAAUAAUAAAAUAUAGGUUUUUUGUUUUGUUAGGCAAUAAAGCGUAAAUCAAUGGAUAGUAACCAACAUUAAUUUUAGCAUGAAUAGUAUACAUCUGUAGAAACAGAUUAGGUAUCUUUUUAUGUACCACUGUUGGCUACGAGAAAUAAAUUCUAUGUUGGUCUGCAGUCCUAGACUAAUUAUUCUGUCUUUCGAAUUUGAAUCCUUUUUUAGUUUCUUUUAUAUUGGCCUAGAAUAAUGAUGUCUUCUAGUUUUAACGGUACCGAAGGUCCGGAACUGUCUUUUUGACGUACCUAUCUAAUAGUUCUUCUUAAACUAUUCACAGACGUGCUGGAUGUACUAGCAACAACACUGCUGAAGCAUUAGAUAAUAUUGUAAGUGGCGGAUCGUUGGUUUCGAUGGCUUGCUUUGUUUAUUUCAGUUUUCAUUCUACUGACCUCUAUUGAUUCUGGUGUACCCUCAUGAUUAUGUUCUUUCGUAGAGGACAUUGUUACCGUACUUGAUUAUUGCCCUUCCCUCAAAACCUUCUCCAUUUUUCGCACUUAAAAUAUUCUGUUUCAUUGCAAACUUUUUCCUAUAAGUACAUACAGUCUGUUCGCUAUACUUACGCGGGUUUCGGAUUAACAAAAUUAUGCAAAUUAGUCAUUGACAACCAGUUCCAAUAAGCCUCUUCCCAAGAAAUGAGGUAAGAUUUAAAUUAAAAUAACAUUAGGGUAGGUACUAAAUUUGUUACAAAUAUUGCAGUUGAAUUGAUUCUUUGCAAGUGUUGACAUUGUAUGUAUAUUGUAGAUUUACUGGAAAUUUUAAAAAUGCCUAGACGUGUGUUAGAUGUAGAUAGUCUAAUUUGUAGUGUACGUAAGUAUUUUACGGAUGAAAAAGAAAAUGGCGGUCCUUUAAAAUCGGUAAUGUCUGUACAACAAUGCGUAUGCGAUGCUCUAGGAAUUAGUGAAACCAAAUUAAGAGGAGUAUUACAAAAUCACAAUAGUGAACUGCCGAAAGAAGUUCACCGCAAAACUCGCCCAUCAUUGAAAACGAAAGAUAUUCCAGAUGGAAAGAAAUUUGAAAUUCGUGAUACCAUUUAUCGAAUGAGGGCCAACAAGGAACAUGUGACCUUACAUACAAUUCUCUCGGAAUUAAUAGAUAGAAAAUUUGACGACUCGUGAAAAUAAAAUAAACGAAAUAAGUCCAAUCAUAAUAACAAUUAAUGGUGAUGACAGUGAUGAUGAUGACGAUUAUGAUAUUUUGGAUGAUAAUGACUGAUUUUCAUUUUUGUUGGCAAG